AUGAGACUUCUCGUAUUUAUUAUACUAUAUUACUUAUGGAAAAAAAGGCAACGACGACGACGUAUACAAGUACAUCCUUACAAUGCCACUAGAUUGCUGAGAGGCGCGUUCUCUACAUCGUUUGCGGAUUUAAGAGAACAUAGUGACAAGUUCUUUAAACAUUUUCGUCUGUCUAUAACAACAUUUGAUGAAUUACUCUGCAAGAUAGAACAUAAUUUAAAAAGAUCAAGUUUACGUCGAGCACCUAUAGAACCAGUUGAAAAGUUGGCGAUUACCUUAAGGUAA